CCCGGUGAGUGACAGAGCCAUGGGAGCGCGGAUCUUCCUGCUGCUAGCCACGUGCGCGCGCCUCGUGUCCGCCGCGCCCAACCAGGUCUUCGGGGACGUCGACUCAGGUCCGCAGAUGCUGCCCGUCGACCACGUGCUCAAGGGCAUGCAGUUCCUGUUCUGGCGGACCAUCCUCACGCCCAGGGACGAGGAGGGCACUGCCCCCGUCUCCACCUCCAUGGUCAGCAGCAACGCCACCAACAGCACUGCGGAUCCCGCCGACGAUGACGAAGACGACGACUCGGCCGUGGACCCGUGGUCGCUGGUCUGGUACGUGGGCUCCUUCGGCGGCCUGGUGUCCUUCUUCCUGAUCAUCAGCUGCACGGACUGCUGCUGCAGGAGGCGGCGCGCAGCUGCGGCCGCAGCCGCCGCCGCAGCAGCUGCGGCAGCCGCCGCCCCCGCGGACCCGCCGCCCCCGCCCUACGAGAUGUUCGCGCCGCCGCCCUACGACUCGCUCGUGUACGCGGAGAAGCUGGACCGGCUGCAGGUCUUCGUGGUGCCGCUGAGGCCCACGCCGCCCCCGUCGCCGGCGCCGCCCCAGCCGCCCCCGCCCACCUAGGCCGCCCCCCGCCCACCGCCCGUGUUAUUACCUCCCGGGGGACCGGAGUUCCCCCUCCCCACACCGUCUUCCGCGAGGACUCGAGGUUGCCGCGUGCUUGUUUCCUCGAGUGGAUCGCUCCUGGUGCAUCUGCUCCGAGGCGAACAUCACGCGUGACGAUGUUGGCAGGACAAGCGUCUGGCACUUGUUUUUCCUGUCGCCUGCACGUCCCCACUGCGAUUCCUGAGACUCUGAUAGUUCCUCUUCUUCACCCUGCGUCCCCGAAGACAUCGCGUUGUUUUAGAGCCCGUAAACGACAUUCUCAAAUGUGACAUCUUUGAUAUUUUAGUAGACGAGAAAAAUCAAGUCCGCGGAAAGUAGUUAAAGCUUCGCGCCGCAAGUUCUCGCAAGAGAAAACUUGCGGUCCGCUGACGGAAGAGACCUGCAGACUCGAACGUGGCCCGAGUGCAGCAACCUUUCAAGCGCGUCGUGCUAGAAGUUUGGCGCCAUGUUCGUGCGGGAAGCGGCGAGUGCUGGGCGCUCUCUUCUCUCCUGACAGCAGUGUCUGCGCUGCGAGGCGAGUGUGCGUAACACGCCAGCACUCCGCUAACAGAACUGGCCAGCUGUCUGGGUGCACUAACUUACUCCCUCCCCUUAAAUCAUACAGUAUUAUGGUACAGCCAAUCAUCAGUGAUAGAACGUGUAAAAUAAAGUGUGUUUGUUACGUCGUCGAAUUGUACGGAAUAUUUCUGCUCAAAAAAAUGUAAUUUAUAGCGCGUUAUUCGUUUUAGAGAUGUGUAUUUCUAGUCAUAGGCAUUAAGUUAAAUAUUGUAUUCCACAAUAAGUAUAAAAAUCGUAUUUUAAAGCAGUGUUUGGACUGUAAUAUAUUCUGUUUUUUUGUUCAAAUGUAUGCAAUCAAAAUUUUGACUUAUUUAAACUGAAAUUAAUAUAUAUGGUCGCAGUAAAUUCACAAUGAUUUUACACAAUGUACAAACAGGUUGAUAAUUUAAUUUAAUCUUGCAUUAUACCAAAGUAAGUUUCUAAUAAGGUUUUGAUAUGUUAUCUGUAGUGAAUGUGUAUUUCCAUCGGAUAUACGACCUCUUAAUACUUAUCUGUUAAUGCGUUUUGACUACUAACUGUUAUUUGAUUGAUUAAUAUAUUCGGUUUCAUAUGCAUUUUGUAAGAUUUGUAAAUAUUUCAGUAAAAUUUGGUUUUUGAAAUACUCUGUCUAAAAAAAAUCCAAAUAACUGUAAGUAAAAAUAGUUUUAAAUGUGAAAAAUAAUUCUUAACAUAAGAUUUUUUGUCACAGUUCAUAGUAAUUCUAAACUUUCUUUGGUUAGUGGAGGAAGGUCAAAUUUAUGCAAUAACUUUGUUUCACAACUGUCUCGCGUACAAUAAUCAAACAACGAAUACUCUGGUUGGAAUAUUUGUUUGAAAGAGUUGUAAUGUUUGCAUCUGUUGUUUCAAUGACAAAAAUUGUGUGUUUGUGUGUGCUAAACUAGUCAACGGAAUAUAAAAAUGUAAGAUUGUAUAGUUACUUGUGCUAUUUAUUGUUUUUAUACUUAAAUAAAAUUCCUACUCGAUAACCAUUUA